GGAUCCCAUUUGUGAAGCACAAGUGUCCGAUAAACUGUGUUAUUUUUUAUUUGGAAAAUAGUUGAUUUCCAGUAUCUUAUCAUCCUAUAUUUUAUUUUCUGAAAACCUGGCAAUCCCAUGUGGACUUCUGGUAGAAUGAGCAAUGCAAAGAGCUGGCUUGGACUUGGCAUGUCCUUGUACUUCUGGGGAUUGAUGGACCUUACGACCACCGUUCUCUCGGGCACCCCACCACCACAAGGCGAAUUAGCAGCUUUCCUUUCAGACAAGCCACAGUCACAUCAGCGAGCCAAAAGGAGCUGGGUUUGGAACCAGUUUUUCGUUUUGGAAGAGUACACUGGGACUGACCCUUUAUAUGUCGGCAAGCUUCAUUCAGAUAUGGACAGGGGAGAUGGAUCUAUCAAAUAUAUACUCUCAGGAGAAGGCGCAGGCCUCGUAUUUACCAUCGACGACACCACUGGAGACAUCCACGCCAUCCAGAGACUCGAUCGAGAGGAAAGAGCCCAGUAUACCUUAAGGGCCCAAGCCCUGGAUAGGAGAACAGGCAGGCCAAUGGAGCCAGAGUCCGAGUUCAUCAUCAAAAUCCAAGACAUCAAUGACAAUGAGCCCAAGUUCCUGGAUGGACCUUACAUUGCCACUGUGCCAGAAAUGUCACCAGUGGGUACCUCUGUUAUCCAGGUGACAGCCACAGAUGCUGAUGACCCGACCUACGGCAACAGUGCCCGGGUAGUGUACAGCAUUCUCCAGGGACAGCCAUAUUUUUCUGUGGACUCCAAAACAGGUGUAAUUAGGACAGCACUCAUGAACAUGGACAGAGAAGCCAAAGAAUACUACGAAGUGAUUAUCCAAGCCAAGGACAUGGGAGGGCAGCUUGGAGGACUAGCUGGGACCACGACUGUCAACAUCACCCUCUCGGAUGUCAAUGAUAACCCACCCCGCUUUCCCCAGAAACAUUAUCAGAUGAGUGUGUUGGAAUCAGCUCCAAUUAGCUCCACCGUAGGGAGAGUGUUUGCCAAGGACUUGGAUGAAGGAAUCAAUGCAGAGAUGAAAUACACUAUUGUGGAUGGAGAUGGUGCAGAUGCCUUUGACAUUAACACAGAUCCUAACUUCCAAGUCGGCAUUAUCACUGUGAAGAAGCCCCUGAGUUUUGAAAGCAAAAAAAGCUACACCUUAAAAGUGGAGGGAGCCAAUUCUCACCUAGAGAUGCGUUUUCUGAACUUGGGCCCAUUUCAGGACACAACAACAGUACAUAUCAACGUAGAAGAUGUGGAUGAGCCCCCUGUAUUUGAACCUGGCUUUUAUUUUGUGGAGCUGCCUGAGGAUGUGGCAAUUGGAACGACCAUACAAAUCAUUUCUGCCAAGGACCCAGAUGUGACCAACAACUCAAUCAGAUACUCCAUUGACAGAAGUAGUGACCCUGGAAGAUUUUUUUAUGUUGACAUUACAACAGGUGCCCUGAUGACUGCAAGACCCCUAGACCGGGAAGAAUAUUCUUGGCAUAAUAUCACUGUUCUUGCUAUGGAAAUGAACAAUCCCUCCCAGGUUGGAAGUGUUACUGUCACAAUCAAAGUCUUAGAUGUGAAUGACAAUGCUCCAGAGUUCUCCAGAUUCUAUGAAGCUUUUGUCUGUGAGAAUGCCAAAGCAGGGCAGCUGAUCCAGACAGUGAGUGCAGUGGACCUGGAUGACCCACUCCAUGGCCAGCAUUUCUAUUACAGCUUGGCUCCUGAGGCUACUAACAACCCCAACUUCACCAUAAGGGACAACCAAGAUAACACUGCCCGGAUUCUAACCAGGAGGUCUGGCUUUCGGCAGCAAGAGCAGAGUGUCUUUUACCUGCCCAUCCUGAUAGCAGACAGCGGGCAGCCAGUGCUGAGCAGCACAGGCACACUGACCAUCCAGGUGUGCAGCUGUGAUGAUGAUGGCCAUGUCAUGUCCUGCAGCCCCGAGGCCUACAUACUCCCAGUCAGUUUGAGUCGGGGUGCCCUCAUUGCCAUCCUGGCCUGCAUCUUUGUCCUCUUAGUGCUGGUGCUGCUCAUUUUGUCCAUGAGGAGGCACCGGAAACAGCCGUACAUCAUCGACGACGAGGAGAACAUCCACGAGAACAUCGUCCGCUACGACGACGAGGGUGGCGGCGAGGAGGACACCGAGGCCUUUGACAUCGCAGCCAUGUGGAACCCCCGAGAGGCGCAGGCGGGAACCGCCCCCAAGACGCGGCAGGACAUGCUGCCCGAGAUUGAGAGCCUCUCCCGCUACGUGCCUCAGACGUGCGCCGUGAACAGCACCGUCCACAGCUACGUGCUGGCCAAGCUCUACGAGGCCGACAUGGACCUGUGGGCCCCGCCUUUCGACUCCCUCCAGACAUACAUGUUCGAGGGGGACGGUUCCGUGGCAGGGUCGCUGAGUUCCCUGCAGUCGGCCACAUCAGACUCGGAGCAGAGCUUCGACUUCCUCACGGACUGGGGGCCCCGCUUCCGGAAGCUGGCGGAGCUCUACGGGGCAUCGGAGGGGCCGGCGCCCCUGUGGUGACGGAAGCCUGGAGGCAGGCGCGCGUCCAAAUCCAGACGUUCUCCGCGGAUGCUUCGCGGACGAGGUGCAGCCGACAACACGAGCAAUACUGUGCUGGAGAGUGAGGAUGGGGUGAGCGGGCGGACGGAGCUCUCUUUGGAUCAGCUUUACUUGGUUAGAGUAAGUUAAAUAAUCUAAAGGAAACCCAGAAAGAAAGAGGGCAGAAUCUCCAAUUACUUUUUUUUUUUUUCCACUUUUUUGUUUUUCUGACACUGUAUUCAAAGGCCUGGAGUCCAAGGUAUUAUGGCAAGCUUGGCUUCUUUGUCGUUCGCCAAGGCCUUUGUUGCUUUGCCACCACAAAAAGGCUCUGGUCUUAAAUACAGAGAUGGCAAUUGAAAGCAAAUAGAAAGUUCUACUCACAUAUCCAUUUUUUAUCUUAUUUUAUUGUCCUUUUAAGAGUUUUGCUGGCUCAUCAAACCGCAGAAACCAACCCACACAAAAGAACAAAGAAAAAUUGUUCUUGGGUGAAUUUAACCUACGUCUUCUGGGAUGGAUAGAAUUUCUUUUAACCCUUCUGAGACAAGGUUAAGACUGAAUCGGCCUUGCAUGCGGGAUGGGUGGGAGAAGGAAGAGACACUGACUUUGUGCUCAAGUUUAAUGGCCAAACCAAGAAUUAUUGGCAUUACACUAAUCCAACGCCAUCAAGUUAGAGUGCUCCUGUUCUCCUCUCAGUUCUUUGACUGUGCCCCUGCAAAAUUGUUUGGAAUGAAACCAGAAAAUCUGCCUCUUUUGCACUGUAGAUGUCUCUUCCAUGUGCCAAAUGUGGAGAUUAGAUGCUACAAACGAAAGCCAAAUAAAAAGAAGUAUCUGAUAAAAACAUGGGUUAGAGGGCUUUCCUAAUCUGUGUGAGGUCAAUCCAAGGGAUGUUUACAUACUGUAGAUAACCUACUUGAACAAAAAUCAGUAUUAUAGAGAAUAAAUGGAUGUAAGAAAAUCACAUGUAUAAGUUUUGUAUAUUUGUUAAUAAUUUUGGUAAUAAAUAUGAUGUACUGAAUCUCAGUACCUUAGCACUUCUUUUAAUAAAAGUUAAAUAGAUGGGAAA